CAGUAUCACAUACAGGAGGGAACAGCACGGUGUUCACUGGUCAGUGCGCUUUUGAAUUACAGAUAAAGAAAAAAGGCAUUGUAUUCGGCUUUAUAUCUCCCUCCCACAAGGAAACAGAGUCCACAUCAGUGUAACAUGGAGAAGAACAACCUGAGUGGUCUACAGUUCCCUCCCCCCUACAACCCACAGCACAAUUCCCAGUUUCCUGCCCCUGCUCCUGGAUUUCACAUUGGCCAGGGGAACAUUGCUGUGGUUAGCCCCGCCAGUGACUGUAACAAUAUGGGACAAUUUAUGGACCAACAGUCCAAGUACCCUGCCCCUACUCCUGGAUUCCUCACUGGCCAGGGGAACAUCGCCGUGGUUAUGCCCGCUGGUGAUUGUAACAACGCGGGACAACCUGGGGACCAACACUCCAGUGCUCCUCCUCCCUACAUCGAGGGCUUUCAGGACCAGGAGGUCAGUCAUUUCUCUGACACAGCUAUCAGGAGAGGCUUUGUUAGAAAGGUCUACUUGACGUUGAUGGUUCAGCUCUUGGCCACUGUUGGAAUCAUCUGUGCAUUUCUGUACUGGAAUGAGCUCAAGAAAUGGGCUAUACAGACAUCCUGGUUCACCUACACAAUGAUCAGGGGAAUCACACUGGCUCUCAUCAUAGUGCUCUCUUGCUGUGACAAUGUGCGGCGGAAGGUCCCACUCAAUUUCAUUUUCCUGGGAUUGUUUACCAUAGCGGAAGGCCUUAUGCUAGGCUCAGUCACUGUAUUCUAUGAGGCUGAUGCUGUUCUCUGGGCUGUGGGUGCCACAGCUCUGGUGUCCUUUGCUCUGAGCGUGUUUGCUAUGCAGUCAAAAUGGGACUUCACCACUUGCAGCGGUGUCAUGUGGGUGAUUGGUUGGACGCUCGUAUCAUUUGGACUGCUCUGUGCAAUUUUACGGACACAGUAUCUGUACAUUGUUUAUGCCUCCUUGGGGACUUUGGUCUUUUCUAUUUAUCUGGUGAUGGACACACAACUUAUGCUGGGUGGAAAGCACAAAUACAGCAUCAGUCCAGAGGAGUACAUCUUUGCGGCUCUCAACCUGUACCUGGACGUCAUCACACUUUUCCUGCUAAUACUCCAGUUAAUUGGACUGAGCCGCUAGUGCUGCACUAUUUGCCCUUCACCCUCAGUUCUGAUUCAUUCCCUUUACUAUCAUGUCUAAUUUCAGUACUUUAGACAUGUACCUUUACAGUCAGCUCUGAUUCAAAUACAGUUGAAUACAUUCACACUUAGCUCUGAUUCCUGUAUUGCCUUUUCACCCAGCUCUGAUUCCUGUAUCACAUUUACACUCAGCUCUGAUUCACAUACUAAACUUACACUCAGGUUAUACUCCUGUACUGCCUUUACACCCAACUCUCUUUGCUGCACUACCUUUCCAUCAAGCAGAUACCUGUUUCUGGUAGCUUUGUUUAUUAACCAAAAUUACUGUGAGGGUUACUAAGUUUUGGUACAUAUUCUUAAUAAUGUUCUACAGAAAUAUGACGAUACCUCUUAAAAGAAACUUUCAUGUGAAGGCAAACUAAUGAAUCAUGUAGAGGAAAUAAAUCUGCUGAUACAGCCUUAAUAAUCAGUUUUAUGCCAGCUUUAGUUCACAGUUUCAAUAUUCUAGUGUCAUAUUAUUAUGUUUUGGUUAUAAAGAACUUAUGAAUGUCUAAUUGCUAUUUUAACUUGAUUACUUGAUUGAAAAAGAGAUACAUUUAAC